AUGACUAUCGAGACGCUGAAGGCGCGCAUCCUGCGCGUCCUCAGAUCGUCCCUCCCCGCUGCCCCUGCCGCCGCAUCGGCAUCCCUGCCGCCGUCGCCGACCAAGCCCGGCCGCGUCGUGCUCCACUCCACCGACGGACUAUCCGACGAUGCGUCCUUCUUCGACGCCCAGGAGACCCCCGCCAAGAUUAACCUCCCCGCUGAGCCCAUCGACGACGACUGGGAGCUCGUUGACCAGGACGGCUACGACCGGGACUCCCUUGCCUCGGGGCCGGCGCCGGCGUCUGAUCCCGACGGCAUGCUCCGGGAUUUCCCGGCCAGGUGCCCACCCGGCGGCGACGAAGCCGUGGUGCUCUAUACCACCACGCUCCGGGGCAUCCGCAAGACGUUCGAAGACUGUAACGACGUGCGCGCUCUGCUGGAUAACCUCGCCGUGGCGUUUCAGGAGCGCGACGUGUCCAUGGACCGGGGUCUCCGGGAGCAGCUCUGGGCUGCCACCGGCGAAAAGGCCGUGCCCCCGCGGCUCUUCGUCCGCGGCCACGACCUCGGGGGCGCCGCCCAGGUGCUCGCACUCCACGAGGACGGUCGCCUUACCUCCCUCAUCCAGCUGCCGUCACUUUCGCCCCCGGAGGCGGCGGUCAGCAGCAACAAGAAGAGGGAGAAGUGCGAGGCGUGCGGGGGGCUGAGGUUCGUGGUAUGCGGUGAGUGCGAUGGCAGCCGGAAGUUGUUCGACGGCGAGCGCGGUGGUGUCCGGUGCCACGGAUGCAACGAGAACGGACUCGUCAUGUGCACACUUUGCUUGUACCCGAGCUGA